AUGCGAACAAAGUUGUGUUCGGUUCCGGAAAAACUUGCUCAAGAUGGGAUCAUUUCAUCUUUAAUUCAGACUCACCAAGUGAAGCGAAGGAGACCUAGAGUAAAACCUAACAAGAAGGUUGUGUCAGAACAUCUAUUCAAUGUGAAAUACUUCUUAACAGUUGAUUCUCAGAGGGUUCCAGUUUGCAAGAAGUUUUUUCUUGAAUUAACUAAGAUGGGGCGUACUAGGCUUCAAAACAUAGCAAAAAAGCAGUUUCAGGGUAAAAGAAUUAAAGAAAAUAGAGGAGGUGACCGAAAAAGUCAUUUAAGCCGGGAGAAGAAAGACAAUGUAGGAAAAUUCAUUGGAAAACUUCGAGGAAGUGAAAGUCAUUAUGGAAGAAAUAAGUCUAAACGAAUCUAUUUGAUGGCAGGCUUGAGUAUUAAAAAAUUACAUAAAAUAUACAAUGCGAAUACCACUGAUGAACUGAAAGUGAAACUUUCAAUGUUUAGACGAAUCUUUGUUAGUGAAUUUAAUAUUGGUUUUAAAUCACCAGCUACCGAUGUGUGCAGUUAUUGCACAAUUCUAAAUCACAAAAUAAAAACAUAUCCAUCAGGGUCAAAGGAGAGGAAUGAUGUCAUUAUAGAAAAAAGAAUUCAUAAGAAGAGAGCGAAUGUAUCAGCAUUGUCAUGA